AUGUCGUUCGUAUAUUCAGCUGCAAUUUAUUCGCCCGACGAAACCCGAGGCUGGCGCGGUGAAAUUUCUUCUAGCCGGAGUAAGAUCAAUUUCGACGAGUUACAUUCGAAAGAAACCAUGCCGCAGUAUGAAGUCAGGGUACGUGUACCGCACGUCAAUGGGGCACCUGCUGGCGCCGCGCCAAGUCCUGGACAGGAUGAUGACGAUCUCGCAAAUGAAACGCUAUUUUUCGGGCGUAACCGUAUCAAGCAACUACAAGAUGAGCGUGUGCAUAUCCAAAAGAAAACAUUCACGAAGUGGUGCAACUCCUUUCUGAAUCGGCAAGUGUGA